AUGGCUCCCAAGGUAGCCCUUAUAACUGGGGCAAAUGGCAUCAGUGGCCACGCACUUAUCGAGCAUCUGAUUCGUCAGCCACGUAGUGAAUGGAGCAAGAUUGUCAUAUCGUCUCGAAGCCCACUUGUGAGCUACUGGGUUGAUCCUCGCGUCGAGUUCGUGUCUAUAGAUUUUUUAUCUCCAGUCGAGGACGUCAUUAAACGAAUGAAAACGUUAUGCUACGACGUCACGCAUGCUUUUUUCACCUCUUACGUUCACGCAGAUAACUUCAAGGAAUUGAAGGUUUUGAACACGCCGCUGUUCCGCACCUUUCUCGUUGCCAUCGACACUGUUGCUGGGCAGAAUCUUGAGCGAGUUUCUCUUCAGACAGGUGGCAAACAUUACGGAGUCCAUCUAGGUCCAGUAGAGGUACCAUGUCAUGAGGCGAUCUCCCGCUAUGAUAACAAAGGAGAAAAUUUCUAUUUUGAACAAGAAGAUAUCUUGUUCAAGUUGCAAGAAGGCAAGAAGUGGACGUGUAACAUCAUUCGCCCGAACGCCAUUAUCGGUUUCACGCCCGGUAAUCUGACCGUCUUUACCAUGACGCAUGAUAACUGUCAGAAUGAAGCUUUUAACCAUACAAACGGGGAUGUCUUCGUCUGGAAGUACUUCUGGCCUAAGAUAGGCAGUUAUUUUGGCCUUGAUGUUCCCGAGCCGGUCUUCACGAGAGCGACCGGAGAGAGUCAAGCCCUAGAAAACGAGUUCUCGAUGACCGAGUGGGCAAAGGAUAAGAAGCCUAUCUGGGACUCUAUCUGCGACAAGUAUGGUGGAAAGAAGGAAGCGUUCGACUGGGGUACUUGGUGGUUCUUUGACUGGGUUGUUGGAAAAUCCUGGAUGUCCAUUAGCUCCGUGAACAAGGCUCGGAAAUAUGGUUGGACGAGAUACGAUGACACGUACGAGACUUGGAUCGAAACAUAUAGGAGCUUUGAGAAUGCGGGGAUUUUGCCUAAGAUCCCGAAGAAAGUUUAA